UGUAUUUAUGUACGGUACGUACGCGCGUGCGCAUCAACUGUGAACACGUAUGAUGCGCGCGCGCGUAUGUGUGCGAUAAAUAUGCAUAGGUACACAUGUGUACACUAUAUUGCCUAUCAGUUUAUCCGUAAUUCAUCUGAUUUCUAAUUUAAUUAGUGAAUCGGUUUAGUUUUUUUUCUUACUGCUCGAACGGAUAAUAUCGUGAGCGUGGAAAAGGACAACGGCAAAGUCUAAAAGUCGCUCUAAAGAAAUUUCUAAACUCGCAAGAUAAGGGAUUUAUCAGUCAGCCAUUCGAUUCUUACACGAUCUCCCAACGAAACGUAUUUCACAAUCCCCUAAGAGUUGAACAUUUCUUCGAUUAUUGACAUUAAAAGAACGUUCCUGAAUACAUUGUUCUUAGGAUAAUACAUUUCGUCUACUUACCAAAAAAAUGUCAAAUACUACUGGUAGUUUGGAGCAACAAAUUGCAAACUUGCAAAUUAAUCAUGGAGAUGGCAUUAAGAUCGUAAAAUCGGGCAAGAAAAUUGGGCCAGCAGUGCCACCAAAGCCAAAAAAAUCCCAGCCUCAGGUCAGUGAGUUAUACACGAGUACUAGAAAGAAAUUAAUUGCUCGCUGAUUUACGAUAUUCUAUGGUUGCUUUUCAUGUCUGUCCCAUUAUUACACGGGCACAUUACCCAUGGUAACGCAAAGUUACACCAUAAAGGCAGCAUCGGUGCCGUCGUACACUACGGUAAUCGACAAUUCUGGAACGAACGAGAAAUCACAGAAUUUUUAUGCAAACUCUCCUACUCCGUACACGCCCAUAAAUGUAGAGAAAAAUGAUUUCUCAUUGUCGUCUACUACAAACGGAAAGGACACGUCGAAACUUUAUCAGAAUAAUGAUAAUUUUUAUGCGCAUCAAGGGGAAGAGAAAUUCGAACCAAAAUACGGAUACGAAGAGAAAAAUUAUUACUCGAACGUUGGAAAUUUACCCGCUCCUCAAGUCCCUGCAGAGGAUCACUCCAGAUCAAUAAGAAACGUUGUAUACAGCAACAUAGAUCCUCCAGGGAAUGUACAGAUCAAACCGGGAGGCAAGACUGAGAAGGAUAUAAUCUACAGUAAUAUCCAGUGGAAUUCGAAACCAGAAAACACAUAUUGUAAUAUUCCUGCUGCUCACGACGAUUUACCACCGCCGCCGGAACCAUCGGAAUACGUUCCUUGCGUACCUGGUAGUUCUUUUCCUCCGCCACCGGAAGAACUACCACCUCCGCCAAGUCCCGUUUCGUCCAGUUACAGCGAAUUGAGACGCGCCACUUAUCAGACCGACUUCCCUUCGGACAAUUAUCCAAACGAUAUUUACGGGACAAGCUCACAGUCGAGUUCAACGUACGAGUCGAUAUACGAACCGAUCAAUCCUAGACCGCCUUCUCAGUUGUCUUGCAAUUAUUCCAUGUAUUCCGGUUACGGGUCCGCUACAUCGACUCAGCCGCAAGGGAAGGUGUCGCCAGUCAAGGAAGUAGACGAUUUGAUGGACUUAUUGGUUCGCGGGGUGGAAGAUAACGACGAAGACGAUGACAUAUACGGAAUAUGCGCGCAAUGCGGUCAUAAAGUCGAAGGCAAAGGUUGCUCCGCUAUGCACAAGGUUUUCCAUAUCGACUGUUUCUGUUGUUACGUUUGUAAAGUAAACUUGCGGGAUAAGCCGUUCUUCUCUUUGGAGAGCAAACCGUAUUGCGAGAAGGAUUACUUGAAUACUUUGGAGAAAUGCUGUGUCUGCACUCGACCUAUAUUCGACAGAAUAUUAAGAGCUACGGGGAAACCGUAUCAUCCAUCUUGUUUCACGUGCGUGGUUUGCGGUCAAAGUUUGGACAGUAUACCAUUCACGGUGGAUGCUACGAACCAGAUACAUUGUAUACAAUGCUUCCACAAAAAAUUUGCACCGCGUUGUUGCGUGUGUAAACUGCCAAUCAUGCCAGAGCCUGGUCAGGACGAGACUGUGCGGGUCGUGGCUCUGGAUCGUAGUUUUCAUAUUCAAUGUUACAAAUGCGAAGACUGUGGGUUGGUCCUGUCUUCCGACUCUGAGGGACGUGGUUGUUAUCCUUUGGACGAUCACGUGUUGUGUAAAAGUUGCAAUGCCACUCGUGUUCAAGCAUUGACGUCACACAUGACAACAGAAUUGUGAAUUGGAUUGUGAAUUCGUGAAACCGUGAACCGCGAACCGCGAACCGCGAAUCUUAAAAAUACGUGAUAAUUACUGAGAUUUCUCGAGCCAUAUAUUACGAUCUGUCGUUCAGCUUUCCUCUAGUUAUAGUUGUAAGAGUUUCCUUAAUUAUAGAGGAUAAGUAUAUUCUUCUAGAACUAUUUAGCUUUUUAUAUGUUUAUAAUUCUAAAGAAUCUUCUAAUCGGAAUCAUUUUAUAUUUUACACUUUUAUUCGUUGUUUAACAGGCGAACAUAAAUCGCGGCAUUAAUAUUAAAGUCAGAGCGAUAAGACUACCUAACUAAUAAGACGAAAAUUAUGUCACUUUCGCACUGCCGUGUCGAGAAGACUCGACGAUGUUUCUAUCGAUUGUAUUACGAACAGAUUUCUAUGUACUACUCUUUUCUUCUUAGGAUGUUUUUCCCGAGACAAGUGUGAUGAAUUAGUAGUUACAAUAAUGAAUAAUGUGAUUCUAGGAAACGUAGCAUAUACCGCUAAAACAAAGUAUUCGAUAUAUCUAGCGUUUAAGGGAACUGUUUGAUUUUAUGUGAAACGACAUUCACGAAAAUGGUACGCGAACGCGUCACGACGUAGAAAUUGUGCCAUUUAU